AUGGCUCCCUCCAUCCUCAUCGCCGGCGCAACGGGCAACACCGGCCGCAACGCGACGGAGACGCUCUCCAAACUCGUGCAGGCGCCCUCGUCGCCCGUGGCCAAUCACCGAAUCCUCGCCCUCACCCGCGCCCCCACCGGCUCCGUCGCGCAACAUCUCGCCGGCCUUCCCGGCGUUGAAGUCAUCGAAAAAUGCUGGACCGAAAUUACUCCCGAAUGGCUCCUCGCCCAAGAUGUGGUGCGAGCAUUUAUCGCCCCGCAUAAUAAACCGACUCAAUUCGCCGAAGAAUCCACCUUCCACUUGUCACUGCGCGACGCUGGGGUGAAAUACGUGGUCCGAAUCUCAACGACCGCCGCGCAUGUGCACCCUGAUUCCAUUGCGUAUUAUCCGCGCGCGCACUGGGCAAUCGAGACUCUGCUCGGGACAACCGAAUUUGAGAAUCUGCACUGGACGAGUCUGCAACCCAAUGUUUUCCAAACAUUUUUCUUAUCGGCCGCGCAGUUUAUCAGAGAGUUUCGUGAGACAGGACAGCAAGGCACGUUGAAAUUGAUGGGGUCGAAAGAGACUCCUGUUGGGGUGAUCGAUUCUGAUGAAGUCGGUCUCGUCGCCGCAAAAUUGCUCUCGGAGGCGGAUACUACCAAGCACAACAAAAAGAAAUACGUCCUCAACGGACCCGAGGAGAUCACCGGAGAAGGUGUUCUGCGUCUCGUCGAAAACGUCAUCGGUGCGUCGGUCGAGAAUGUUGUUUACCGGGAUCUGUCGUGGAUGGAUGGGUUCCUCGAGGCGGAGUUUAUGAGGCCCGGCGUAUCACGCAAUGUAGUUCUAUCUGUGAAGCGAGCGGCAGAGAAGGCGUGGGAUGGGAGCUUCCCGACUGUUCCUACCAGUCAAGAGGUUCUGGAGCUUGCUGCGCCGCGGAGGACGCCGAAAGAGAUGUUGAAGACUUUGCUGGAGGCUUAG